AUGAAAUAUUUCAGUUGUGGUUCACUUCAUAGUGGUGAUCGUAUCUUAGCAGUUGAUAAUAUACUUCUAGAAUCAUGUACCGUUGAAGAAGCAAUGCGUUUAUUGCAGCGUUCCGGUGAUAUUGUUAAAUUACGAGUUCGUAAAGGUGUUACAUCUGAACAGGCUAAUCAUGAUGCAGUGCAAUCAUUAAUUUAUUCUAUCGAAUUGAAUCGAAAUGGUGGACCAUUAGGCAUAACAAUUGCUUCUAGUGCUGAACGUUAUGAACCUAUAUUAAUAUCAUACCUUGCACCAGGUGGAUUAGCUGAAAAGACAGGUGCGGUACGUGUUGGUGAUCGAAUUCUUGCAGUAAACAAUGAAUCAAUUGAAGGUAUGAAAGCAGCUGAUGUAAUGCAUUUAUUACAACAAUGUACCGAUCCUGUUACAAUUAAAAUUAUGCGAAUUUUUGAUUCAAAAGGUUUAUAA